AUGCCUUACAAUAUUGCCAUGGUCAGCGACUUCUUCUUCCCUCAACCAGGGGGAGUGGAAAGUCACAUAUAUCAACUAUCAACCAAGCUAAUCGAUCGAGGUCACAAAGUCGUGAUCAUUACGCAUGCCUACAAGGGUCGUACUGGAAUUCACUACCUCACCAAUGGCCUGAAGGUCUAUCAUGUCCCCUUCUUUAUCAUCUACCGAGAGACGACGAUGCCCACCGUGUUCUCAUUCUUCCCCAUAUUUCGCGAUAUUGUCAUCAGGGAACAAAUCGAGAUUGUCCAUGGCCAUGGCAGCUUGAGUAGUCUCUGUCAUGAAGCCAUUCUGCAUGCGCGAACCAUGGGCUUACGAACAGUCUUUACUGAUCACUCAUUAUUUGGCUUCGCAGAUGCUGCAUCAAUUCUGACCAAUAAACUACUCAAAUUUGCCCUGAGCGAUGUCGACCAUGUCAUAUGCGUCUCCCAUACCUGCAAAGAGAACACCGUACUCCGCGCUUCUCUCGAUCCCUUGAUGGUUUCCGUGAUACCCAAUGCGGUGGUGGCCGAGAACUUUCAACCUCGAAAUUACGUCCCCAAGUCGGACGAAGUUAGUUAUAUGCGGCCCAGGCCCCUUCCACAACGGCUUGGGCCCGGUGAUACGAUUGUGAUUGUCGUCAUCUCUAGACUCUUUUACAACAAGGGUACUGACCUUCUGAUCGCGGCUAUACCGAGGAUUCUUGCAGUCCACCCGAAUGUCCGCUUCAUCAUCGCCGGGUCCGGUCCCAAAGCCAUCGAUUUAGAACAAAUGCUUGAGCGACAGAUGCUUCAAGACAAGGUUGAACUCCUCGGCCCUGUUCGUCACGAGGAAGUGCGUGAUGUCAUGGUCAGAGGCCACAUCUAUCUCCACCCGAGUCUGACGGAGGCAUUUGGCACCGUUAUUGUCGAGGCAGCCAGCUGUGGGCUAUAUGUGGUGUGCACCCGGGUGGGUGGCAUCCCCGAGGUCCUGCCAGCCCAUAUGACGACUUUUGCAAAGCCGGAAGAAGACGAUUUGGUCAUGGCCACCGGCAAGGCCAUCGCAGCACUUCGCUCGGGCAAGGUUAAAACGGAACGAUUUCAUGAUCAAGUUAAGAUGAUGUACUCGUGGACGGACGUCGCACUGAGAACGGAAAGAGUGUAUGAUGGCAUCACGGGCGCCAUCAGCGAACAGGAAUUCUAUGGUCAACAGGCAAGCGCAAAUUGGAGUGCAACUCGAGGUCGAUCGUAUGCUUUGAUUGACCGACUAAAACGGUACUACGGUUGUGGGAUCUGGGCUGGUAAAUUAUUCUGCCUUUGUGUUAUCAUCGAUUACCUGAUAUAUUUCUUUCUGGAAAUAUGGGCACCUCGGGCGAGUAUAGACAUCGCUAGAAGUUGGCCACGGAAACCUUUUAUCAACGACAAGAACAAGCCCGUCGAGAACGGCUUACUUCGCAGAAGGGGGACCGAUCUGAUGGAUCGUCGCAAUGGAAGUCUUGUGAUGGGUUGAGAUCGAUUCGGGUCAUGUUUCCUCCCUCCAUCGGAUGGCCCAAUUGCCUUUGGCGAAGCUUGGUUCGACCACUGCUCCAUUCAUCAAUGCUUCGCAUUUACGGCGCACCAUGUCCUCCUCUGCCGCUUCGUCCGCUGCAAUAGAGGCCUUUGUGGUACGCUUGUUGGGCUUUUUGGGGUGGGAACUAUGCCUAUCAUGGCGCUUUUGAUCACAGCCAAAGGCUAUCAGUCUCCGGGCCGCUCUCCUGACCAUCUCUCUUUGCUCUGCACGACGAUGACCCUCUUGUUUCUUUUUCAAAUCAUCCUCCGCUGUGGAAUGAGAUGCGCCUGGAAGACUCCUCUCGUCGUAGCUUUCAGUGCUGUCAGAUGUUGCAGGUUCCUGGGACCCAUCUCGGCUCGCUAGCCCACCUACACUGCCCUCGGAGGGCGGUGCUUGAAGAUGGAUCUGAGCAUCAACAUCACUGUCAUGCAAUGCCUCUGCUGUCGAUUGCGAAGCCGAAACAUCAAUCACAGGUUGAGGUUUUGGGUGGAACAUGAGAUCCUCCACUUCCUGCAUAGCGAUGAUGUUCCGUCGGUCCCCCUUUACAAACUUCGACUUAGCAGCCGUCGCUUCAAUCCCUGAUCCCGGUUCUGCAUUCAGCAACGCGACUAUAACCUUUUCUAUUUUACGAUCCAAUGGUCCUGGCUUGUGGUGACGACAUCCAUCUGAACAAUACUUGAUGAUUUUGGUUUGAGCCUGUCGGAUCUUGCGGGAGCCUACAACGGGGUCAGUCACAUUAAUUUUAGAUGCUGAAGAAUAAACAUACUCAUGGCUCUCCCACAAGUCUGACAGUAUGCAGCAUUUUCUUGGGUCAAGUAGAACGGUGGAGGGACAGCGGAUCUUUUGCCCGGUCUAGACCAUGAAUCCAUCCAACUCAUACUGGGCGGAAUAUUGCAGACAGAGCGAAUUUGCGAAGUCUUUGUGACUUGAAUACACAAUUUCAGUCUGAUAGGUCUCUUCAGCAUCGAAAAUACUCUACAAAGAAAGUGAUAUUGGUCGACUGGAUUUGUCGAUAAGUG